AUGGACAUCACGACCAUCUUGAACCGCAAGAAUUCUGCAGCCGCUGCAGCCGCCGCCGCAGAAGCACAACUUCAUCAACAAUACCUGCAAAACUCUCAGCUGAAUCAACCCACAAUGAAGACUGAACCGGGUGCCGUGGACGACCCCGUCAACGCAUACCCACCUCACCCACACCUCCAAAUGGAACCGGGACUGGCUGAAACCUUCUAUUAUGCUCAACCUCCAGGUGCCGCGCCUCGGAAUAUGGGAUACGUUCCGGGUGGAUAUGCUGGUGAACCGCAGAUGCAACAAGCGCCAAUGCAGACAGGGAGGUUGAGUGCGGACGCACCGCCCAAGACAUUCCACUGCAAGACUUGUCAAAAGGGCUUUGCCCGACGAAGUGACCUUGCGCGACAUGAGCGAAUCCACACUGGCAUCCGACCUCAUGCUUGCGACUGGCCUGGCUGCGGGAAACAGUUCAUUCAGCGCUCAGCCUUGACAGUGCAUUCGCGGGUUCACACCGGGGAGAAGCCCCAUAUGUGUGAGCGCUGUGGCAAGCCCUUCAGUGAUUCCUCAUCGCUCGCCAGACAUCGUCGUAUUCACUCCGGGAAGCGACCCUAUAAAUGCCCGUAUGCCAACUGUCAAAAAACAUUCACGCGCCGGACAACCUUGACCCGUCACCAAAACCACCACACCGGAACGAUCGAGGAGGCUGCCGCCCAAACGGAGGCCAGUCUACGCCAAAAUAAGGAACGGCGAGGCCCGGAUGGCAUGUUCCCUGAUCAUGCCUCUAUUCAAUCGACUCCUUCCCCAGCCCAGCAUGCGUCGAUGUCACCGCCGGGUGGUGACCUUCCACCACUGACUAUGCACCGCUCGGCCAGUGACUACUACAUGAACAGUGCUCCUAUUCCGCCUCAUGUGCGGGGAGACUUCUCCCAGGGUAGCCCUCGCGCUUCUCCAACUGCGACAUCCCCUUCUCUGUCAAGCUUCAGCAGCGUGCCCCACUCUCGGCCACAGAUGACCUCGCAUCCUUAUGCUCCGCCCCAACCGCUGGAGCCGCCUGCCAACAACGACCAUCGGCCCAACAGUGUCAACGGAAGCCCACACAUGACGAGUCUUGGAUGGGCCUCGCCCUCUCAUGGCAGCAUACCCUCGCCGGGAUCUGCCAAUGACUUCACCUACCCUGAGCCAAAUGGGCCAGCCUACCCGACCUCGAUGCCGCCUCACAUGUACUUCCCCAACUCUACGAUCCGUCGACCUACCAGUACCGAGCCGGAGAACUAUGAGACCAAGCCUAGGAUGGCCGACCACCCCUGGGGAACUCCGGUAUGA